AUGAAAAAAUGGCAAUUUAGUUCAGAGUCCGUUACAGAAGGACAUCCUGAUAAAGUUUGCGACCAAAUAUCAGAUGCCAUCUUAGAUAAGAUUUUGGCAGAAGAUAAAAAUGCGAGAGUGGCGUGCGAAACUAUGGCAUCCACAGGAAUGAUAGUUAUAACUGGAGAAAUUUCAACAGAAACUUAUGUGGACUUUGAAAAAACUGCAAGAGAAGUCCUAGAAGAUAUUGGAUACAACAGGGCAAAAUUUGGUUUUGAUGGAAGAACUUGUGCAGUCCUUUCUGCAAUCAAGGAACAAUCUUCUGACAUAGCCAUGGGUGUUGACAGGUUUAAAGAAGAAGGAGUAGAUGAACUUGACUCCUUUGGAGCAGGAGAUCAAGGUAUUAUGUUUGGAUUUGCCUGUAACGAAACUGAAGAGUUAAUGCCACUUCCAAUUUCACUUGCCCAUAAGCUAUCAAGAAGAUUAACUGAAGUAAGAAAGAAUAGAACUCUUGACUACCUAAGACCAGAUGGCAAGACUCAAGUCACAGUUGAGUAUGAAGAAGACAAGCCUGUAAGACUUAAAAAUGUUGUAGUAUCAUCUCAACACGCUCCCGGUGUACCUAUGGAACAAAUUAGGGAAGACAUUAUUAGAGAAGUAGUUGAAAAAGUUGUGCCAAAAAAAUUCAUUGACAAAGAUACAGAAUUUUUCAUUAACCCAACUGGAAGAUUUGUUAUUGGUGGACCGAUGGCUGAUGCAGGACUUACUGGUAGAAAAAUAAUUGUUGAUACCUACGGCGGUUUUGGAAGACAUGGCGGUGGAGCCUUCUCAGGAAAGGAUCCAACAAAGGUUGACAGGUCUGGUGCCUACUACGCAAGAUACAUUGCAAAAAAUCUUGUGGCAGCAGGGCUCGCAGAUAAAGUUGAAAUUGGACUUGCCUAUGCAAUUGGUAUUGCAAGACCAACUUCAGUUUAUGUAGAAACUUUUGGAACUGGUAAACUAUCUCAUGAAGAAAUCGAAAAAAUUAUUAUGGAAAACUUCGACAUGAGACCAGCUGCAAUUAUUCGUGACCUUGACCUAUUGAGACCAAUCUAUAGACAAACAGCAACCUAUGGUCACUUUGAAAGAAAUGAUUUAGACCUUCCUUGGGAAAAGACUGACAGGGUAGAAGACCUUAAAAAGUACCUAAAAUAA